AUGGUUAAUGGAAAAUGUGGGAAGCACUAUCCAAAGAGAUUUCAUGAUAAAACAUCAAUAGAUGAAGAUGGGUUCCCUAUAUAUAUGCGACGAAAUGGUGGUCGAUAUAUCUUGAAGAAUGGUAGCCAACUUGAUAGUCGGUAUGUGGUCCCAUACAAUAGACAUCUUUUGAUAAAAUAUGAUGCCCAUAUUAAUGUUGAGCUUUGCAAUCGUUCUAGAUCAAUUAAAUAUCUUUUCAAAUAUAUCAACAAAGGUCAUGAUCGAGUUAGAGCAGUCAUCUCUAAUGUAGAAAACUUUGAUAACAUUUCAACAAGUUCAAUGCACUUUCGUGAUGAAAUUAAAGAGUAUCCUGAUUGUAGAUAUAUUUCUCCAUCAGAGGCUUCGUGGAGAAUUUUCAAGUUUAAUAUGUUUUUUAGAGAACCAGCAGUCGAACGCCUUUCCUUUCACCUCCAUGGGCAACAAACAAUAUAUUUUCCAGAAUCUAUGCGUAUUUCUACCAUUUUAAAUAGAGAAGGAAUUGAAACCACGAUGUUCACAGAGUGGAUGAAAAUGAACUCUGUAGACAUGGAAGCUCGACAACUAACAUAUGCAGAAUUUCCUACUAAAUAUGUUUGGAACAAGACUAGCAAAAAGUGGACCAGACGGAAAAAUGGAAGGUGUGUUGGAAGAAUAUAUUAUGUUCCUCCCACAAGUGGAGAAAAAUUUUAUUUACGAAUGCUCUUAAACAAAGUACGAGGCAGUCGAUCAUUCGAAGAUAUUAAAACUGUUAAUGGGUUUGUACAUCUAACUUAUAAGGACGCGUGUUAUGCCCUUGGUUUACUAGAGGAUGAUAAAGAAUUUGAUGAUUGUAUUAAAGAAGCAGCAGCAUGGGGUACUGGAAUUCAACUACGCCAUCUCUUCUCAACAAUUUUACUGAAUUGUACUGUUAUUAAUCCAGGUUUGCUUUGGGAAUCUAAUUCGAAGUUACUUUCUGAAGAUAUUUUAUACAGGCAACGCCGACUACUAAACUUCCCCGACCUCCAUUUGUCAGAUGACCAAUUAAAAAACUAUGCGCUUUCAGAGAUACAAAAACAUCUUAGAAAGGUCGGCAAGUCUUUGGAAGAUUACAAAGGAAUGGCCAUUCCCAAUAGCAAUGUAAUUGAGGAACUGAACAACCGACUUAUUACGGAGGAGCUAAAUUAUGAUAUGUUAAAAAUGCAUGAAGAAUACUCUCAGUUGCUACACGGUCUUAAUUCAGAUCAAAAGGCAAUUCAUGAUUUUGUGCUUCAAUCAAUUACCUUGAACUUUGGAAAGUUAUUCUUUGUGUAUGGUUCUGGUGGAACGGGAAAAACUUACCUUUGGCGAACACUGCUUGCAAAAUUAAGAUCGGAAGGUAAGAUUGCUCUAGCUGUUGCAACUUCUGGCAUUGCUACUCUAUUACUACCGGGUGGCCGAACUGCACAUUCUAGAUUUCAAUUACCUUUGAAUCCAAAUGAGGCUUCAACAUGUUCAAUCAAUAAAGGCACACAUCUUGCUGAAUUAAUUAUGCAAACAUCUUUAAUUAUUUGGGAUGAGGCACCCAUGGCCAACAAAUAUUGCUUUGAGGCAGUAGAUCGAUCACUUCGUGAUAUUAUGAAAGGAAUCAAAGAAGACUACGGUUUGAAACCAUUUGGUGGAAUAACUACUGUAUUGGGUGGUGACUUUCGUCAUAUUUUACCUGUAGUUCGAAAAGGUGAUAGGCAUGAUAUGAUCCAAGCUUGCAUAAAAAGUUCAUAUCUUUGGAAUUCAUGUGAGGUUCAUUUGCUACGUCAAAAUAUGCGUCUACAAUCAAAUGAGUUGGACUCAAUCUCAAAAGAUGCAAUGCAAAACUUCGCAGAUUGGAUACUUGACGUAGGUGAUGGAAAACAAUGCUCAGAUAUCGGAGAAUCAUGGAUAUCAAUAGAACAAAACUUGAUGCUCCCAAAAUCACAUGAUGAUUUUCAAUCUAUAGUUGAUGCUAUUUAUCCAAAUUUAAAUAGCCACAUUGGGGACACAGAUUACCUUGUGUCGCGGGCUAUCUUGACACCUACAAAUGAAAUAGUUGACGAUAUAAAUCAACGCAUUUUGAAUAAUUUCACAGGCGAAGAAAUGAUAUAUUUAUCAUCAGACUCAAUUUGUAAGGCAGAUUUCAAUAUUCAAGAUCAAGAUCUUCUUUACCCUACUGAGUUUUUGAAUACACUCAAAUUUUCGGGUUUGCCAUCACAUAUUUUAAGGCUUAAAAAAGGAGCAGUAGUUAUGUUAAUGAGAAAUUUGAAUCAAGGAGCUGGGCUAUGUAAUGGUACAAGAAUGAAAAUUACACAACUUGGAAAAUGGUUUAUGGAAGGAGAGGUGUUGAGUGGAUCUAUCAUUGGAGAUAAAGUUCUCAUUCCAAGAAUAUCUUUGUCGCCUUCAGAAUCCAAUUGGCCUUUUAUUCUUAAUCGAAGACAGACAAUCGUUGCAGCACGUUGGAUUAUAUUUGCCUAA